AUGUGAACAGAAUCCCGGCGGAGAUUUCCCGACGAGCUCCUCGCACUCGCCGCCGAGGCAGCACAAGGGAUGAUGGCGCUCCCCUGGUGGCUCGCCACCACGGCGUGCGCUGCGCCGCCGCCCGGCCACGGCUCCCUUGCCGACUUGCUCGCGUUCGUGCUCCUCUCCCCGUGCCCGCAGCGCGCGCUCGUCGGCGCCGUCGACCUCGUGUUCCUCGCCGCAUGCCUCGUACUCCUCGCCCGCCGCCCCCGCAGUGGAGGAGGCUCGGCUGUGGCGGCAGCGGCUCCUCCCGAACGCGAGGCGCUGCUGCAGAAGCCGAGUCAUCACCCUUCGCCGCCGCCCUUCCGCUACGUGGUCUCGCUCGGGGCCUCCGCGGUCUUGGCGGCGGCGUCAGUCGUCCUCCUCGCGCUCGCGAUCCUGCUCCUGCCGAGUACGCCGUGGCGCGCCGCGGAGGCAGCCUUCCUCUCCGUCCACGCCGUCGCGCACGGAGCGGCCGCGUGGACCGUCGCCACGUCGCGGAGAGCAGGAGCUGCCCAAGGCGCGCACCAGGCCCACCUCCGCGUGUUCUGGCUCGCCACCGCGCUCGGCGCUGUGCUCUUCUCGGCCUCAGCGGUUGUCCGCGGCGCCGACGGCUCGCUGAUCUUCCCGGACGAUGUUCUCGCCUUCGCCGGCCUGCUCGUCUCGCUGCCACUGGCAUACGUAGCGGCCACUGGCUUCACCGGCCAUGGCACCGGCGCGGGAGACUGUGAACCAGAGCACGCCGGCGAGGAGGCGCCUGCGUCGCCCUACGUCGCCGCGUCGUUCCUCUCGCGCGCGACGUUCAGCUGGAUCAUCUCCCUCAUCAACAAGGCCUACGCAGCCGAGUCACUCAUCGCCGACGACGUGCCACCGGUGCCCCCCGGCCUCCGCGCCGAGGCCGCUCACGACCUGUUCAUGUCCAACUGGCCGGCGUCGCCGGCGUCGCGGCACCCGGUGGGCGUCGCGCUGUGGCUGUCUUUCUGGCCGCGGCUCGUGCUUACCGCGUUUCUCGGCCUUGCGCGCCUCGCGGCCAUGUACGUCGGCCCGUCGCUCAUCGACCAGUUCGUCGAGUUCAUCCGCCGCGGCGGGACGCCAUGGGAGGGCCUCCGGCUCGUCCUCAUCCUGCUCGUCGGCAAGGCGGUCCAGACGCUUGCGUCGCACCACUACAACUUCCAGGGCCAGCUCCUGGGCAUGCGCAUCCGCGGCGCGCUGCAGACGGCGCUCUACCGCAAGUCGCUGCGCCUCACCGCCGGCGCCCGCAGAGCGCACGGCGCCGGCUCCAUCGUCAACUACAUACAGGUGGACGCCGGGAUCGUCUCGUUCGCCAUGCACGGGCUCCACGGCCUGUGGCUGAUGCCGCUGCAGAUCGUGGUGGCUCUGCUGCUCCUCUACACCUACCUCGGUCCCGCCGUGCUCAUGACGCUCGCCGUGAUCACCGCGGUGACCGUGAUCACCGCGUUCGCCAACAAGUUCAACCUGUCGUACCAGCUCAAGUUCCUUGGCGUCCGGGACAGCCGAGUCAAGGCCAUCACCGAGAUGCUCAACCACAUGCGCGUCAUCAAGCUGCAGGCGUGGGAGGAUACAUUCGGUGGCAAGGUCCGCGACAUCCGGCGGGACGAGCUCGGGUGGCUCGCCAAGAUCAUGCUCUUCAUGUGCGCCAACACGGUGGUGUUCUCGAGCGGCCCGCUCGCCAUGACGGUGCUCGUGUUCGGGACCUACAUCGCCUCCGGCGGGCAGCUCGACGCCGGCAAGGUGUUCACGGCCACGGCGUUCUUCCGCAUGCUGGAAGGCCCCAUGCAGAACUUUCCCCAAACGAUCGUCAUGUCCAUGCAGGCGUUCGUGUCGCUCGGCAGGCUGAACAAGUUCCUGACGGACGCCGAGAUCGACACGACGGCCGUGGAGCGCGUCGAGAGCGGCGGCGCUGAGGACACGCCGGUGGCCGUCGAGGUGCAAGGCGGCGUGUUUGCGUGGGACGUGCCGGCAAGCGAGGAGAUGAGGAGCAGCGACAGCCAGGCCCGCCUUGGCGUGGAAGAGAAUGGCCAAGGAAAUGGGUCGGCGGAGUUGGUGACAGUACUGAAGGGGAUUGAUGUUGAGGUGAGGAGGGGUGAGCUCACGGCGGUGGUCGGGACGGUGGGCUCUGGCAAGUCAUCGCUGCUGUCGUGCAUCAUGGGAGAGAUGCACAAGGUCUCCGGCAAGGUUAGCAUAUUUGGAAGCACAGCAUAUGUUGCCCAGACCGCUUGGAUCCGAAAUGGAACCAUUCAAGAGAACAUUUUAUUUGGAAAGCCAAUGCACCUUGAGAGAUAUUCAGAAAUCAUACAUGCUUGCUGCCUGGAAAAGGAUUUGGAAAUGAUGGAGUUUGGUGACCAGACUGAAAUAGGUGAGCGAGGGAUCAAUCUCAGCGGGGGUCAGAAGCAACGCAUUCAGCUUGCAAGAGCAGUUUAUCAAGAUUGCGAUAUAUAUCUUCUUGAUGACAUCUUUAGUGCAGUUGAUGCUCAUACUGGAUCAACUAUUUUCAUGGAAUGUCUGAAAGGCAUGCUCAAGAAUAAGACCGUGUUGCUUGUGACUCACCAAAUGGACUUCUUGCAAAAUGUGGAUACUAUAAUUGUAAUGAAAGAUGGGUUAGUCAUCCAGUCAGGGAUCUAUGGUGAGUUAUUAGCAUCGUGCCCUGAUUUUUCAGAUCUUGUUGCUGCUCAUCAUAGUUCCAUGGAGACAACAGGGGAACAAGGUUGCCAUGUUCAGAACACAGAGAGCUCUCAGGCUUCCACAGGAUCUGUAGAUGUCCCAUCUAUCAACUCGAAAUCCAAUGACGAAAAUGGUGAAACAACUGGCACUGCGAUAAACAAAGAAGCAGGUUCUUCUAAGUUGAUCAAGGAAGAGGAAAAGGAGAGUGGCCGAGUAAGCUGGCGUGUGUACAAGCUAUACAUGACACAGGCUUGGGGAUGGUGGGGAGUUGUGGUCAUUUUAGUUGUGACACUACUGUCAGAGGGCUCCAGUAUGGCUAGUAACUACUGGCUGUCAUAUGAAACAUCAGGUGGCCCUGUAUUUGACACUACCAUAUUUCUUGGUGUUUAUGCUUCAAUAGUUGCUACUACGAUUAUAUUGGAAAUGAUCACCACUAUUAUUGUGACAUUCUUGGGGCUUCAAUCAGCACAGGCCUUUUUCAACAAGAUGUUUGACAGCAUUCUAAGAGCUCCAAUGUCAUUUUUUGACACCACUCCUUCAGGAAGGAUCCUAAGCAGGGCAUCAUCGGACCAAUCAAAAAUUGAUACUUCCCUUGUGUUCUAUGUUGGGUUUGCCACAUCAAUGUGCAUUUCUGUGGUUACCAACAUUGCUGUUACUUGCCAAGUUGCAUGGCCGUCAGUCAUAGCAGUGCUUCCUCUACUGCUUUUGAACAUCUGGUAUCGGAAUCGUUAUAUUGCAACAUCCCGAGAGCUUACUCGUCUUCAAGGAGUAACAAGGGCGCCGAUUAUUGAUCACUUUACAGAAACCUUUUUGGGUGCCCCAACUGUAAGGUGCUUCCGAAAGGAGGACGAGUUCUACCAGACAAACCUGGACAGGAUCAAUUCGAAUUUGCGCAUGUCUUUCCAUAAUUAUGCAGCUAAUGAGUGGCUUGGAUUUCGCCUGGAGCUAAUUGGCACACUUAUAUUGUCUAUAACCGCUUUUCUCAUGAUCAGUUUGCCUAGCAAUUUCAUCAAGAAAGAAUUUGUCGGCAUGUCCCUUUCCUAUGGCCUUUCUCUUAACUCCUUAGUAUACUACACAAUUUCCAUAAGCUGUAUGAUCGAAAAUGAUAUGGUAGCUGUAGAGAGGGUGCAUCAGUAUAGUACCCUCCCUUCUGAGGCAGCAUGGGAGGUUGCAGAUUGUCUUCCCUCAUCAAAUUGGCCCAGCCGAGGAGAUAUUGAUGUGAAAGAUCUGAAGGUUCGGUAUCGUCAAAAUACACCUUUAAUCUUGAAAGGUAUUACUGUAAGUAUUAAGAAUGGGGAAAAGAUUGGAGUUGUGGGAAGGACUGGCAGCGGCAAGUCGACUUUAGUCCAGGCUUUAUUCAGGAUUGUGGAGCCUGCAGAAGGCCGAAUCAUCAUCGAUGGUGUUGAUAUCUGCACUUUGGGGCUUCAUGAUCUAAGGUCUCGCUUUGGUGUGAUUCCCCAAGAACCUGUGCUCUUUGAAGGAACUGUAAGAAGCAACAUAGACCCAACUGGGCAGUAUUCUGAGGCUGAAAUAUGGCAGGCCCUCGAGCGUUGCCAGCUAAAGGAUAUAGUAGCUUCAAAACCAGAGAAGCUUGAUGCACUAGUUGCCGACAUGGGGGAGAACUGGAGUGUAGGGCAGAAGCAGCUCCUCUGCUUUGGCCGUGUUAUACUGAAACGCAGCCGGAUCCUCUUCAUGGAUGAGGCAACAGCUUCGGUUGAUUCUCAAACAGAUGCAGCUAUCCAGAGGAUCAUCCGAGAGGAAUUCGCCGAAUGCACCGUCAUCAGCAUUGCCCACCGUAUACCGACUGUAAUGGACAGCGACCGAGUUCUGGUGUUGGAUGCAGGGCUAGUGGCUGAGUUUGACGCACCCUCCAAGCUGAUGGGGAGGCCGUCACUCUUUGGUGCCAUGGUUAAGGAGUACGCAAGUCGUUCUUCCAGCUCGAAGGAAACGGAUGGAUGAGAGAGACCGUGUCGACCCGACAAAGACAGCAGUAUAAGGAGAAAUUUAGGCACAUUAGCAUACACAGCAUCUAACGAAAGGAAAAAUAAACUGUAGUAGGAGUAAGCUUGCAAGCACAAAGCGUUGUAUUUCCCUGUUGCCACUAAAUGAGCAAAUUACAUGUCGCAACAUGUCUUAUCUUACAUAGAACUGCACAAUUUGGUUAACACUCGAAGUCUUGAACACUUCCGUUUCCCUCCAUUUUUUGUAUCUGAUGAAUGCUUGGUCGGAGGCAUCCAUGAA